GCUCAUUUUUUCGGCCCUCCACUUAUCGAUUGGGGUUGACGCAGCACGGAGCUCAAUGCCAGCAGAGUUGGAGGUGUGAGGCGGUUGUCGUCUAGGAGUGGACAGCAUGGAUCAUCUUCAAACACUACUCACGGAAGAAGACAUGAAAUGGGACAAGCUACUGGACAAUGUCAUCAAGUCAGCCGACGUCAUCCUGUGGGGCACCACGCCCACCUACCCGCCUUACACCCCACCUUUGCAGCAGCAGCCGCCGCCGCCGCCACCUCCCAAAGACAACGUCGGGAGUCUGGACUGCGGCGUCCGUCCUCCCCUCGAGCCUGCAGCGGGCGAGAGCAAAGCCCCGGGGGAUUUCUCGCCCCUGGGAGACGCUCGCCAGCAGCUGGGGACGUUGAUGGAGACCCCACCCUGCAUGGACGACGACCUGGCCAAUGUUCUCGAUGACUUCUGGUUGCCCGACUACCUGGCCAGCAGUCAGGGGUCCAUUAACCAGGCUAACGAUGCAAUGGUGAUGCCGCUGGCUGAAGAUGUAAACCUGCCUCUUGCCGGAAGACAAGCUACAUUUAAUGGCGAGAUGAUGUGCGGGGCGACGUCUCCCACUGACACUUUUGAUCUCGCAACAAAUUCAUCACAAUGCAUAAGUCAGUGUUACAAGAACAAUAACCAGCAGGAAGGAGAGCGGCCGUACAUCAAGAAGCCACCAAAUGCCUUCAUGCUGUUCAGGAAAGAGCAGAGCCCAAACGUGGUCGCUCAGUUCAACAUCACUAACUCUGCUGCCGUUAAUAAAAUCCUAGGAAAGAUGUGGAAAUCUCUGCCAAAGAAGCUGCAAGCCAAGUACUACCAGCAAGCUGAAGAGCACAAACUCAUCCACAGCCUGCAGCACCCCAACUGGUCCUGCACAGAAAACUAUGGCAAAAAGAGGAAGCGGGAUCGAGGAAAGCAAAGCGCCGGAGUCUCAGUGACGACGGAGGACUUGGAGGACGGCCCGUAUUGCCACUAUCACGAGUGUGCUGUGAGGGACACGCAACCGCAUGGCUGCUGAAACGACGACUGGUUUUACACUCACCGACCUUCACAUUAGCGUCUGCACAGGAGCCUUUGGAGGACAGGCCGUGCUCUCACGGUCCGUCCUCACUGGAUGGAACAGAUGAUGAGGCACAGACACCGCAGUCACUGGCUGCUGGUGAUGGGAACCAGGUGGGGCUGGUGGACGGGCUG